AUGAAGAAAAGAAAAAUUUUAGCAACAGUUACACCCAAUCAACUUAAUUCUACUCAUAAACGCAAUAAAUCAAAUGCUGAAAAAGUAUCAAGAUCUAAAGAUGUUGGUGUAGAAAAUGAUGCAUCAACAGAUGUUGUUGCGAUUGAUGCUGAUCAAAAUCAAUCAUUUGGAAAAAAUCCAGCUUUACAAUCACAAGAAGUUCAGAAUCAGACUACAGCUGCUGAAACCAAUAAUAAUGAUCAAUCAUCUGAAACCAAUGUUAAUGAUCAAUCAUCGCAUGCUGAUGGUAAUGAAGAUCUCAAGACCAAACUUUUUUCAUCCUUAUGUCCUCGUAAUCAAGAACUUUAUAAAUUAAUUAGACAGCUUAGAUUUCUUGACAAUGACAAACCUUUGUGGGAUGACAUAUUUGUUGCAAUGAAUUGUCAAAAUACAGCUGACAAAGAAAAUUCAAAAAAAUCAUUCAGAACAUACAAACUUCAUGGCAAAUUUGUUUUUGUUUCUGGUAAGGGGUAUAGAAUUAAUGAAUUGAACAAUACUUCAAAUGAUGAAAUGGAUUCAAAUGAUGAUGAUUUAAACACUCUUGAGUACUUUAAAUUAAAGCCUAUUGAACAACAAUUUUAUCUACAACUUAGAAAUCCUGUAAACUUUCAUAAAGGUGUACCAAAGUAUUCAUUAAUUUUUGAAGCAAUUGGAGUCACCGAUGCAAAAAAUCAAAACAAUUUGAAAAAUUUUAAGAGAAAUAGAAUUAGGCAAUCAAAAUCAUGGCAUGAAAUCAAUGGUUGUAUUAGAAUAAAAGAUUUAACUCAAUUAACUGAAUUGGAAAGAGAAAUUUUAACAGAAAAUCCUCAGUUUCCAUUUUACACGGAUCAAUACAAGAAAUUAUACCAAUGUGUUAGAGAUAGUGCAUUUUUGAUUGGACAUAAACCUAAUUUUACCAAAAUUUUUGAUCAUCUUGGUUAUGGUCCUAAUGACAAGAAAGAAAAGGAGUCUUUAAGAGAUGGUUUCCUGCGCAAUACCGCUAGACAGCACAAUUGGAUUCUUCAAAAUGACAGAUAUAUUUUUAAUCCAAAAAAGAUAGAAAAAAGAAAUCAAGAAGCAGUAAAUAUUCGAGAAAAAGUUAUAUCCACCGAGGAAUUAGCUCAAAUAUGCUAUGAAUAUCCCAAUUUUUUAAAUACUUUUAAAGAGUCCCAAGAGCUUUAUAAAAGAUUGAGAUUACCACAAUUUAAUGAUGAUACAGGUCCAUUAUGGGACAGUAUAUAUGCUGAUAUGAACGUUAGUGACGCUGGUCUUCAAAAGGACUUGAAAAGUUGUUUCAAGACACAUUUACGGAGGAACACACUCAUUGAAAUGAAUGGUAGAUACAUAUAUAAUGUUGCAGAAAAGGAGGAAGAAGACGAUGAAGAUAAUACGGAAAUUGAUUUAGAUGAAGAAGUUGCAAAAUCUGCAAUGUCAGUCCUUGAAACAAUACACUUUGAAUCAAUAAAUGAUGUUGUCAAAAAGUUUUACUUGAUGCUCAAAAAUAAAAGCUUUACAAACAAGGACGGAAAGAUUAAAUGGAGGAAAGUGUUAAAAGCAUUUGGCAAUCCAUCUUAUGAAGUUGAAGCUCAAUUGAGAAGAGCAUUUGUUUACCAUAUUAGAUUCAACUGGGUAUAUGAAGCUGAUCAUUAUAUCUUUCAAGAAAAAAAAUUAAGUGCCUCUGGAUCAAUAAAUGAAGAUGCCAUAAAUGAUGUAUCGAAAGGGUUAAUCAAGAGAGGAUAUUUGGAAUUAAGUGAAGGUUUAACUAGAGAUUUGUUAGUUGAAUACCCAAGGUUUCAACACCUACAUGCAAUAUCAAAAGUUUUGUAUUUGACGUUGAGAGAUGUUAAUUUUAUAGAAGAUGGAAAACCUAGAUGGAACAAUGUUUUUGAUCAUUUAGGCAUAAUUGAAGAAGUUAACAAAAACACUUUAAAACGUAUUUACAAUUCACCUAUUGAUAAUAAUACAUGGGAAAUCAUAGAUGGGUGCUGUCGCAAUAUUUUGAAAGAGUCAGUUUCUGGGUUUCUUCUUGAUCCAAGAUUCAGUAGAGAAAAUAAUGUCACUCCUAAUAAUGUCACUCCUGAUAAUGUCACUCCUAAUAAUGUCACUCCUGUUAAUGAUGAUGAUGAAUCAAGCGAUAGUGAUGGCGAAGACUGGGGUGCUUAA